AUGAAACAGAUCAAAGCUGAUUUUUCUGAAGUGAUGGGGGACCAAGAGCUGCCAAAGCAGGUUAAAUUGAAUUUUGUUGAUGUCUGGAGCCCAAAGUUAUUGGAUUAUGCAGAGAAACAGCUUCAGCCAAAGUGCAACCCUGUCAUUAAGAAAAUGGAGGAGGCUAUUGACACUGGGUUUCUUGAGGAAGGUACAGUACAAUAAAUAGAGCCUUUGUAUAGCAUUUUUGCAUACUCUGUCUAAUGCCACAAUUUUAGUCGCGACUGUUAGGCCCGGUUUAGACGGCGAACUUCUCAUGCGCCGAAUCUAAUGCAAGAAUUAAGUGCGACGCUGGAGCGGCGUCUAAAUCAAUUAAGUUCGACAGGUUUUGAUUAAGUUCGACAUGACUCGAAUAUGCGACAAGACAAGUCGUAUAUGCGACACAGGUUCGACAUUGAUUUAGACGCUGUGCUUUUCAUGCGCCGAACCUAAUGCAUAAUUAUUUUUUAACAUCAUAAUAUGAUUAUCAUAUAUUUGCAUUGUAAAUAUGUCCAAUAUAGUGUCCUCGCAAUUUGGUACGGUACAAUUAAGUUCGAUGUCUCUAAAUCAGCUUCCGAUAUUUUGCCGUAUCUACGACAAUUAGAUUCGGCACAUGAAAAGUUCGCCGUCUAAACCGGGCCUUAGAAUAUACCAGUGUAGGUCAAGGUAACAAAACUAUCUGCCAGACAAUGUAUCUUGUCUAUCAAAAUGUUUGUUGUUGUCUGAAUGCCAUUAAUAUGGUGUCUUUUUUAGUUGAAUGCAAAGGUUGGCCUUCAGUGAAACUGGCUGAAAUGAUCUUCAAGGCCCCAAACAAGAAAGGCAUGCACCAUGAGGAGGAAGCUGUGUUAAAAGUUGUUACAGUAUGUAUAUUAUUUCUGUUAUUGUUGGGCUCUUACACCAUAUUGGUUUGUCUUGAGAUGGAUGUGCACGUAUUUGAAAGGGGGUAUUGUAAGAUGAACAAGUGAACAACUGCAUGUCAGUGGAUGUGUAAAUUGAUUGUGAACAAUGUACAGUGACAGCUUUGAUCCACCAUAGCCCAUACAAGACAAGGCUUUGCAACUCAUUGUAAUAUAUUGCUGUUCGUGUUAUGGAAAUUUAUGCAACUUCAAGUCAUUGUAUUUUUCUGCAUAAUGAAGCUAUCAUCCAAUAGCAACAAAUAAAACAGUCAGACUAAAUUAAUAGUUACUGUGCAUAUGUACAAAUCACCAAAUUUAUAUAUUAAGUAAUCUAAUGUCCCAAUCUUUUGCAGGAUACACAUGAGUCGUUGGACAAAGUAAUUGAAACCCAGAUCCAACCAGCUAUUGUGAUGGCCAGUGACCUGUACCAGACUGACGUUAUGUAUGUCGUUGCUGAAGGAGCCAUUCUAGUGGAUAUCAAGUCAAGAAAGAUUGCGGAUGCCUUGGUUGCCUUGUUAGCUAUGUAUUACAUGUACAAUGUAGAGCAAAAAGUGGGGAAAAUGUGUUUUGCUUUCUGGACAUGGUACUGA